UUCCCACUGUAACUUCAGGAGCAUAAAUACAGGCAGCACCAAGCUGCGAGAAAAUUUGUUGUUUGCUAGGAAGGGGAAGGUGAAUCUGCUUGUCCAAGCACAAGCAAUUUUGCUGCUUGCAGCCGGUUGUGUGGAAGGUGUAUCAUGGAGCAGCCGGUGCAAACAGAAGUGUGGAAAGCGCAGACUUUACAGGAACUGAUCCAGAUCCUGCAUCACUUAUUUUCUAGUGAUAAAGUCAGUAUAGAAGAAGUGCACGCCUUAAUGGAAUCGUAUGAGAGCAACCCUGUGGAGUGGAUGAAAUAUGCCCAAUUUGACCAAUACAGGUACACAAGAAAUCUUGUGGAUAAAGGAAAUGGAAAGUUCAACUUGAUGAUCUUAUGCUGGGGUGAAGGACAUGGCAGCAGUAUUCAUGAUCACACUGACUCACACUGCUUUAUGAAGAUCCUUCAGGGGAAUCUAAAAGAGACUCUGUUUGAGUGGCCUGGGAAAAAAGGGACUGGAGCAAUGACGAAGAAAUCAGAACGAGUUUUGGGGGAAAAUCAAUGUGCCUAUAUCAACGACUCCAUUGGCCUGCACCGUGUGGAGAACACAAGCCACACAGAGUCUGCUAUUAGUCUGCACUUGUACAGCCCAUCCUUUGACAGCUGUAACACCUUUGAUCAAAGAACCGGACACAAGCAUAAAGUCAAAAUGACAUUCUAUAGCCAGUUUGGAGAAAGGACUCCAGGUGCAACAGCAGUGUCACAAGAGAACAACUGAGAAGCACCAGAAUUAAUGUGUUAAGGCCUGCUGAAUGUUUGACCAGGGACAGAAGAAUUGUCUAGCUGAUGCUAGCUAUAGUUGAAUAACCCGUACAUAGAAAUACAGUAGGGAAGCUUCCUGGCAAUAUGUAGUUAUGUUGAAUGAAUACUGAUUAUGGGACCCUAAGGUGACUAGUGCUAUAAGCUGCUGCAGGGGUUAGAUGCCUUUACAUAGGCUGUUGUAAAGUCAGAAUCAAGUACUUUGUUUUUCUGAUCCUAGCCUCUUUUAAA